ACCAAAGUGCCCUUCAUUUAUGGUCAGAAUUUCUUCAAACCAUCCCAUUUUUCGCAAGCAUUACAUGCAGUCGCGUCUCCGCCUUAACCUUAUUAUUUCAGAACUGAGAUGUCAAUUCGGUGUUUCGCUAGAAAAUGGAAAACACAUCGUUUAGCUUCAGUAUUCCUCAGACAGUUUACGUCAAAUUCAACAAAAAGUAGCAACCCUAUCAGAGACGUUUCAACUACACUGUCUUUGAGACAAACUGUUACAGCGUUUGAAUACAAAAACACAUGUGGCGGUUUUAGGGAAUAUCACGACGGAAGACCAAGGGGUCCCCUUUGGAGGGGAAAGAAGCUCAUUGGUAAAGAAGCUCUCUUUGUCAUUUCUGGGUUGAAAAGGUUUAAAGAUGAUGAAGAUAAGCUUCCCAAGUUUAUCAAAACUCAUGUUUUGCGACUCUUGAAGAUGGAUUUGAUUGCUGUUCUCACAGAACUCGAGCGCCAACAGGAAGUUUCUCUCGCUCUCACGGUGUUUAAGGUGAUGCAAAAGCAGGAUUGGUACAAGCCCGAUAUAUUCUUGUAUAAGGACUUAAUUAUUGCGUUGGCAAGGGCUAAAAGAAUGGAUGAUGUGUUGCAAUUGUGGGAAAGCAUGAAGAAGGAGAAUCUGUUCCCUGAUUCACAGGCUUAUACUGAAGUCAUAAGGGGCUUCUUGAGCAGUGGAUCUCCUGCAGAUGCGAUGAACAUAUAUGAGGACAUGAAGAAUUCUCCGGAUCCACCAGAGGAGUUGCCGUUCAGAAUUUUGUUGAAAGGACUCCUGCCACAUCCUCUUUUGAGAAACAAAGUUAAACAAGAUUUUGAAGAAAUCUUUCCUGAUUCCAGUAUCUAUGAUCCACCACAAGAGAUAUUCGGUGCACGCUGAGGUAGUUGCUCCACUGAGACAUGAUGCAUUUGGAAAAGCAGGAUUGUGCAACAAAUAGCUGCAGUCAUUCAAGUUUUGAGUGCAUUCCUUGGGUUCAGUGUUAACUAGUUAGUAGAUCUAGGAUUGACAUUUACCAUUUACCAUUAUUGAGUCCUCCCAUGAUGAAGGCAAGGUUUUGGUGUUGAAACUGAUCGAUGUGAAAGAUCUAAAUGCUUUUUUUUUUCCAGUUUCAUCCAUCUUAUAUGCACUGUACAAAUUGUUAUAGAAGGAAAAGGAAAUCAUCAGUA